AUGGUUCCUCGUGUGCCCAACUCCAUGCCCGACACGGAUGAUCGCCGCAGUUUGCUCGCCCCCUCCACUGGACGUCGGCGCAGGUCGAAUAGCCCCAAUGAGGAAGAAGAUGCGAGGAGUACCAAUCGCCUCCACCGAUUCAAGCGACAACGCACCGAGUCCUCCCCACCUGCACAGCCUCGAAAGCCCAUCAAAUAUGGCCAUUUUGGCCAAGUGGAGAGUGGAAGGUUGGAGAUGGAGCUCGUGAGCUGUGAUGGCGGUGAGCAUCAAGACCCCCGGCAUCCCAACACCUACCUGGGCCCCAGAAACUUGCUCCUUCACGACAAGAGUGUGUACUGCUCCGAGAAUUCGGCAAUCAACGUCGUCCUGCGCCAUGCAGACGACACUCCCUUUGCUUUGGACAUGCUUUAUAUCUUGGGCCCGACCGACGGCUUCACCGCCCCUGUCCGCGACGGUCAGGUAUACAUCGGCAUGACGAUGAGAGACGUCGAGAAAUACAUCGACCCACCGCCCCACGCUCGCCGUUCGGCACAUAACCCUUUGCACUCGGAGGGCGAAAGCGACAGCGCACCCUCUUCGCCCGAAGAGCUCUCCUUCACUGAAGCCCUGCGCGACCCAGAAAUGCACGCCAUGCUCCAAGAGAGGAGAGAGCGUCUGCGGAGCUCGCGUCCUGAUCUCAAUGAGUAUGACUUAUGGGACCACCAGCUCGACGUAUAUUGCGACAUCCCAUCCCCGGGCACCAUCACGCCCCCGCAUCCUCUGUCUGAUCUCGGAGACACCACCAACCAUCUCCGCCCAUCCAUUCUGAUCAGUGAGGACGGGCCCGGCCCGGAAGACACAUCCCCACAAGAAGUGCUCGACUACCGCCUCCAACGUCUUCACCUCGCCCGCCGUCGCGCCGAGAUGCCCCUUCACGCCGCUGCCCUCGGCGUGCAGAAUCGCCACCGUGAUCAGACCCACCGCGGUCCCUUACCCGUCUACCGGCGCCCGGGAGCCAGACUUCAAGGCCCACCUUCCCCACCUGCAGCCCUCCCACAUUCCCGAUCCACUACCCCGGGCAGCUCCACCACCAUCCGACCCUACCAUCCCACCACCGCGAGCGCAGAAGAAAGCGCGCUCGAAGAUCCCAACGUCACCUUCGCCCGCUUUCAUAUCCAAAGGGGCCAGUCCAGAGUCGGCCUCCAAUUCGACCCGCCGAUUUCCGGGCGAUUCGUCUUGCUGAAGCUGUGGGCGAAUGCGGGGAAUGUGGAUGUGCAGAGUGCGAUCUUCUAUGGUUGGGGUGGAGGCCGUUUCUUUCCUGCGAUUGAGUUGUGCUGA